GAGCCAGUCCUGGAAAGUCGUCCAGCUCUUUUCAGGCAAUUUAUCCUCAGGAUGAGAAUGUAACAUCCUGGGACCGAGAUUUCUCUUGCCGAUAUGCCAAUGUAUCGGGUCCGGAGUGAGAAACAGACUCUACCUAGCCCGUCUCCGAGGCGAGGCAGUACACACAGAUAUCAUAUAUCAAACAGCCACGAACUCUCUCCGACGACUCGACUGCGAGGACCUCUUCUCCAUUCAAUCACGUCUCACCCCUCUUGUCUUGGUAUCGAGGCUCGAAGUCGACCAUGUCGUCAAACGCUAACGAAGCAACUAGCCAAGCCAAACCUAAGAGUAUACUCAAGAACAAAUCUUCAGCGACUACCCUCGUCGACCCGCACUCCACGAACACGUCGACAACCGCUGCAUCGACACCUGUUAUUACAGAGCAUCCGAGUGCCUCUGGUUCAGACAAUCGCGAUGGCGAUCAAGGCGAACGAACUCCACAUUCGCCAUUCUCUUCUAACUUCGAUCUCAACGCCUCCACACCGAACACAGUUGCUAGUAAUGACCGAAGCUCUUCCCCUAACUUUGCUAUUACUCCUCCAGUUCCCGGUCUCCCUCCCAUUUUCACGCGUCUGGGCCACAUGAUGCACCACACGCAUGAACACUCACAUACGUCCGGCAAUCCUCCCUCUCCCUACUCACCUUCCUUUGACCCUAACGUAUCCAACAUCUCGCUUGCUUCGCCUGCUAUCGCUCAACCUGCUGUCCCGCCUAGGUCAAAUCAACGGCCCACGACAGCUGGUUCUUUAGCCAACAGCCAUUCACGUAGUUCGAGUUUGAGUAAUGGGUCUCAGGCUCAAGAGCAAUGGUCACAGAUCAUGAGCGCGAGUCUGAGCGCAUUGGCAGCUCAGUUCAAUGCCGCUUCACAUGCAUUUAUGACUGCCUCUGGCAACGGAUCAUUCGCGGAACCCAAAUCCGCAGAGGAAGCGGCAGACAGAGCUGAGGGGUCGAAUUUGGCUUUGUCGCGGACUAUUAGGGACGGACAAGAGACCGUACUCAUCCUUCAACGGCUCGAAGCGAUCGAGAAGACCCAGUCUCACGUCCUUUCUAAGAUCGCUCAUCUUGAAAGCUCCACUUCUGCGCGAAGUCAUCCUUCUGCUACUUCAGAAUUCGAGAUGCCAAAACGACCAGAGCUGAAGAAGGAACUGGAGAUCGAAGAGAUCCCGACAUCCCCCACCGAAAAGGACAACGAGAACGAAAAGGAGAAACUGCAGGAGGUCCUUGGCAUGAGUGUAAACCAGCAGGAACUCGCGCCUUUGCUGAAGAACUUGAUUUCUCGCUUGGAAGGUGUCGAGAAUCGUCUGGAGGGGAUGGAGGGCAAAGUCGAAAGUUUGUCCGAGACCAUCCGUAUUGACCAAGCACGUCUCUACCCUCGUCUCCUGAACGGCAAUGUCCCCUUAAACAAGAAUCAAAUACAUCCUUUGCCUAUGGCCAACGGGAAGGCUCCCCCUAACUUCCCUGCUACCAAGGGCGAGUUCGAGCAUUUGACCAAGGAACGCUACGAGUCCUUGCUCAAGUCAUACGGCGUCCCUAUUAAAGGUGAUACUAACGCGAAGAGGCAGACGUUGAGAGAGUUCAUUGGGUUAACUCCUCCCGGAAAGUGAAUGGGAUGGCCGUACGUCCUUGUCUCUUCUAACCCCGUCUGAGACGACGCUGGGAGGGGAGGGAACGUUCGAAUGCCGUACGAAAUAUACGACUACUGCUACUCAACUUGGAUUUAGACUUAUGCCAGAUACUGCCUUAUGUCGUGACCAUACUCGUACUCACCCUAGAAUGUAGUGCAGACAUGCAUAAACGCUAUGACAUUACAAUGUUCACACUUUUGGUUCAACAGUCGUCGUCAUGCAAUUAGCUGCCACAUGUAGAGUAUUUACGAAUGAAUUUAUGUGAUACCCGCUCUCUGGACAUGUACAGCUAGUAAAGAGCUGAGGGUCAU